AUUAACUGAGUAAGCUAAAGAAAAUACAGGAAACAAGGGAAGGCUUUUUGGAAGACUGCUUGCAAAAGAAAUUAAUAGCUCUGUUGGACAAGGACCUUUGUCACUCUCAGAGAAGCACAAGGCUCUCUCUAGUGACUUAAAGCUCUACAGUUAACAAUGUGUCAUAUGGAGUGAGUUAAAUGGAAUUCCUAAUCCUGCUAGAUCAAGACAUUGCAUGAACUUCGGUGGCCCUAAAAAGGAGAUGUCUCCCUUAAAUCUCUUGCUGUAUCUUAGUUUGAAUCUUAUCUGCUCUGGCUGCAGGAUUCUUUUGUACAUCAUUUGUUCCUAAGGACAGAAAAAAUACUGGAUCUAAGUAUAAUACAAUGUGCACACAUAACAGAAUGGUAGCAGCAAUGAGUUUUGCAAUACACUCACCCAGGAGUCGUCUCCAGAAUCGUUUGCUCUUUCACCUGGCACAUAAGUUCAAUGAUGAGAAGAAACUGAUGAGCUCUCACCAGAAUCUACAAGACAUUACAGAAGAUCAGCUUAGCUUGGCAUCUAUCCACUACAUGCGGACCCACUACCAAGAAGCUAUUGAUAUCUACAAGCGCAUUCUUCUUGCAAAUCGGGAAUACCUGGCUCUGAAUGUAUACGUGGCUCUCUGCUAUUACAAACUGGAUUACUAUGAUGUAUCACAGGAAGUGCUGGCUAUUUAUCUUCAGCAAGUUCCUGACAGCACUAUUGCUCUUAACCUUAAGGCUUGUAACUAUUUCCGGCUUUACAAUGGGAAAGCUGCUGAGGCAGAGCUCAAGAACUUGACAGACAGUGUCUCAUCAUCUUUUGAGUUUGGCAAGGAGCUCAUCAAGCACAAUCUGGUGGUGUUCCGAGGAGGAGAAGGGGCUUUGCAGGUUUUGCCUCCUCUGGUUGAUGUUAUUCCUGAGGCGAGACUGAAUCUUGUGAUUUACUAUCUCCGACAAGGUGAUGUACAGGUGGCUUAUAACCUGAUUAAGGACCUGGAACCUGCAACUCCACAGGAGUACAUCCUCAAAGGAGUGGUAAAUGCAGCACUUGGACAAGAAUUGGGCUCGAAAGAUCAUCUGACAAUUGCUCAGCAGUUCUUCAAGUUGGUGGGUGAAUCAACCAGUGAAUGUGAUACCAUUCCAGGGAGACAGUGCAUGUCCUCCUACUUCUUUCUUACUAAACAGUUUGACAAAGUCCUUAUGUACCUCGACUCGGUCAAGAGUUACUUCUACAAUGAUGACACUUUUAACUUCAACUACGCCCAGGCUAAAGCUGCUAUGAACAAAUUUAGUGAGGCUGAAAAGGUGUUCCUUUUGAUCCAGAGUGAGAAGAUAAAGAAUGAUUUUGUUUACCUUAGCUGGCUAGCUCGCUGCUAUAUUAAGAAUAAGAAACCACAGAUGGCCUGGAAUCUCUAUCUGAAGAUGGAGACCUCAGCCGAGUCCUUUAACCUUUUGCAGCUCAUUGCAAAUGAUUGCUACAAAAUGCGUCAGUUUUACUAUGCGGCCAAAGCGUUUGAUAUGCUGGAGAAACUGGACUGUAAUCCUGAACACUGGGAAGGCAAGAGAGGUGCCUGUGUGGGUAUCUUUCAAAUGAUCUUACUUGGCCAAGAAGCAAAAGAGACCCUGCGGGAAGUAGUGCAUCUUCUGAAGAGUACUGGAAAUCCAUGGCUUUUUUUGGAGUCUUCAAACCACACUUCAAGCUGGCCUUUAGUUAGGAAAGGGAUGAGCGUCAGACUCCACCAUCUGCUCCCUAAUCACUGUAAGUAAUUUCCAUGCGGUCAGUUCUGUGAAAAAGCACACACAACAAUGCAGAACUAUAAAAUAUACAAAAGCAUAUUUUAGGAAUACAUAUAAUAAUCCUGAGAUGGCUUAUGUCAUGUAGAAAAGAACCAUACUUCAGUUCUUGGAGUUAUAUUCCUCAUUGCAGCAGCUAUAAUUUUCUUUGACGAUUUUGUUCUUAAGUGUGAUAGGAUCUCUGUGGACCCUACUCUAAAGCUACUGAUAAUCUUUUUCUUGCCUCACAUAUGUUGGUGAGGAUAUUAUAUGGGGUAGCCAUUAUGUGACAAAACACAAUGUCUUACUUUGCAGAUUUAGUGAAUUAAUAUCACGUGAAGUAAAUAUAUUUCUUGACUAUCAAUCCAUGUGUUACAGCUGUGUCUAAGCAUUUUUUUUUUAAAUUAAAUUGCAAAAACUGCUAAACCACAUCUUCAGACUUCCUGGUAUGUUCCAAAUACUGCAGGUUAUCAUAAUAUUGAUAUUCUACAAGUUCAAACUUCCUUUUGUCUGACUUCUUCAUGAUGCCACAUGUGCUGAACUUAGUCAUCACUGAACAAACCGCAAAGUUCUUUAUAUAAAACAAUGAUGAUUUUCCCCACUAUUUAAAGGCAAAAGAGCUAUUUUCAGGUCACAGCAAAAUAAUUUCUGAGGCAAGCUUUACAAGACUUCCCACUCAGUUUAGCUAAUUAUUCCCAAACAGGUUCUCUCCCUGUGUGUGCUUUUCAUUUCUGCACGUUCUCCUUCCCUGCCAAGUGUUUUCCCUUCCCAUCUAUCCAUUAGUGUGACUGGCCUUACAGGAGUACCACAAAGUAUUGCCAAGCACUGGCAAUUUCCACCUAUCUCUUCCUCCCCUCGCCCCACCACUGAGCAUUACUUGCCCAUGUUCUGCUUCCCAGAAGUUCCUGGCAAGAUUUGGUCAGAUUUUUAAAAUAUGCUAAGUUCUAUGGAGGGCUGGAAUUCAGUACAACACUAAGAAAUAACUCGGUCUCUUAAACUGGUGAGGAAGUAUUCAGGUAAGUACUCAAUAUGAAUGAAAUAUGAUAGUACAAUAACUUAUCAAUGUAAGGGAAAGUUCUUUUGAGGCCAGGAAAAUGACAUUUGAAACACAGCUGCCCUACAGAAAACGCAGCUUGUUUUCACAAGCAUUUCUGAUACGUACUAUCCACUCUAUUGUUAAAAAAUCAUCUCUACUAUUGCUGCUAUUCUACACUUGCUUUAAUAUGCUCAAAAAUCUUUAUCUUUCUUAGCUUUUCCCAAAAUACAGCUUGAGAGUAAUAACAACUUGAGGUGGUAAGAAAACAGUUUAGUAAAAUGCUUUUUAAAUUAUGUAUGGAAGAUUGUUUUUCAUAAGUAAUUUUUCAGAUGCUAUUUUUAUUGCUGUGGCAACUCAAAAGCAGCUUUGUGUUGAAUCUGCAACCUCGGUAUGUAGUUAAUACUUAGUGAUGAAUAUGUGCUUUGCUUUUGAAGGCAAUUUAGUGUGGAAAUAAAAUCAUAGAAGUAUGAAAAUGCUGAACUGCACAUGCAAAGUACACUUCUGACUAUUCUGAUGGUAAGCUUGUAUGAAUGUUAAAAAUGUGGUAAUUUGUUUAUACAAUCACCCUCAGCUGUCAGUGAUAAUGUGCACUUCUUUAGAUUUAGAACUUUAUAUAAGUAAAAGCAGUUUCCAAAGUGCUGAGAGGCAUUAAAAAAAUAAAUAGUUUGGAUUUUUGUAAAAUCAGUCUGAAAGCCAAAGGAGAAACUAGUGAAAAAAUAAAGAAAAUUCCUCCAAGGUCACAUCCAAAUAUUACUUUGUAUGUAUUUAUGAUUCCCAGAAGGCUGCUUUGCAACUGACAUAUGCAUUAUAUGGAAUUCUUCUUUUUAGGAGCGUGAAUAUUGCUUGACAGUUGUUUCCUGAACAGCAACUAUACCGAUUUUUAAUAUA